CCCUUUUCCCCCUUUCCUGUCACUUUUCAGGGACCCCUCUCACGAGACUCUGCUACAGCAAGAGGUCUCUCAUCUGCUUACCAUAGGUGUAGUGGAGAGGGUGCCAACUCAAUUUCACGGGAAAGGUUUUUACUCUCAUUACUUCCUCACCCCGAAGAAAUUGGGGGGUUGGAGGCCUAUCCUGGACCUACUUUGGCUCAACUGUCACCUGCGGAAACAAAAAUUCAAGAUGGUCACGUUAGCCUCUAUCAUCCCAGCUCUCGACAAAGGGGAUUGCUUCAUGUCCCUCGAUCUACAGGAUGCCUAUUUUCAUAUAACAAUAUAUCCAGCCCACAGGCGUUUCCUUCAGUUCAUAGUGGGAGCCGACUAUUACCAGUACCAAGUGUUAACCUUUCAGACUUUCAGCAGCGCCAUGAGUUUUUUCCAAGACCCUGGUGGUGGUGGCGGCUUACCUUCGUCACCUCAACAUCAUGAUCUUUCCAUAUUUGGACGCUUGCCUAUUAAAGGCCCCCACACUCGACGAAGCUACAUGGGCAGUUACCACUACCGUGAUGGAGUUCGAGACUCUCGGUCUCAUAAUCAAUUUCGAGAAGUUCUCCCUGACACCGAGUCACGAACUAGAGUUCGUUGGUGCAAGACUCAAUUCUCUGACCGCAAGGGCGUACUUACCCAUGAAGAGGUUCCAACUAAUCUGGGAUUUGGUACAGACUGUAUCAAUUUCUCCCAGAUCCCGCAUACUUUCCUGUCUACAGAUGCUCGGCCAUAUGGCAGCUACCACAUAUGUGGUACUGCAUGCGAGACUCCACCUGCGCAGCCUUCAACGUUGGCUAUUCUGUUUACAUGCCCAGUGCACAUGGCACAAACAGGACAGUUUCUAUUCCCAAACACAUCAGAACCUCGCUGGUAUGGUGGGACAACCCCAGGAAUAUGUUAACAAGGGUCCCCUUUCAUGGCCAGAAGCCUUCACUGCAGAUCACAACGGACGCUUCCCUGCUUGACUGGGGUGCCCAUUUGCAGGAACAUUUAGCUCAGGGUCUCUGGACGCCCCAAGAAUCCCUGCAACACAUAAACUUCCUCGAGUUACGAGCAGUGUUCAAUGCUUGCAAGCAUUUUUUCCACAUCAUCCGAGGCCUUUUGAUCCAGAUUCUCACCGACAAUGUAUGCACUGUGUAUUAUAUCAACCGGCAAGGAGGUGCAUGUUCACGCCCCCUCUGUGCAGAAGCUGUACGUUUGUGGAACUGGGUGAAUCGGCAGGGUAUUACCUUGACCGCAUCACACCUUCCCGGCAAGGACAAUGUUAUCACCAAUACCCUCAGCAGGCACUUCCUUCUCCAACACGAAUGGGAGUUACACAGCAAAGUCAUUUGCAGCCUUUUACAACUCUGGGGGUUCCCCAAUAUAGACCUCUUCGCCACCCGUCGCAACAGGAAGUGCCAUCAGUAUUGCUCAUGGGCGGGCGUCCGUACAGAUUCCUUGGGAGAUGCUUUCCUGCUCGACUGCCGUUGCAACCAACUGCUCUACGCCUUUCUUCCUCUCCCACUCAUCCCAAGGGUGCUGGAGAAAAUAACAUUGGAGGGUGCAACAGUAAUAUCGAUAGCUCUCUUCUGGUCCCGACAAACGUGGCUAACACAAUUAUCGAGAAUGUCGGUGGCCCAGCCACGAUGACUACCGGGGCUGUUCAAUUUACUGUCUCAACAACGCGGUACAAUGAUCCAUCCACACAUUGAGGGCAUGCACCUGACGGCGUGGCUCCUAGCUGGCUCCAAGGGCAUGAGUUGAUCUGUUCUCAGGAGGUGAAGCACGUGCUGAUUAACAGCAGGUGGCACACUACUCGCAAGACUUACCUUCAGAAAUGGUACCAGUUUCAGUCUUGGUAUUCAGCAAGAGAUCUCGACCCCCUUUCCUUACCUAUCCAACAGGUCCUAGAUUAUAUUCUGCACCUAAAGGCAGCGGGGUUGGCGAUUCCUUCCCUCAGAGUGCAUUUGGUAGCAAUUUCGGCCUUCUGUCUUUCUAUCAACGGUUAUUCGGUGUCCGCACCUCCUCUCACCAAAAGGUUUUUAAAGGGGCUUGACAACCUAAAGGGGUUCACAGGAUCCCAUCGGAACUGUGGGACUUCCCUUUAGUCUUGGACACUCUGACUUGCCUCCCCCCUUUGAACCACUUACGACAUGCGACCUACGGAUUCUCACAAUGAAGGUGGCAUUCCUACUUGCCAUGACGUCGGUGCGUCGAGCGAGUGAAUUAGCAGCUCUCUCUGCUGAUCCUCCGGACACACUAUUCUCUGACCAUAGUGUGGUUCUUCGCGUACCACCCACCUUUCUACCGAGGGUGAAUUCUGCCUUCCAUAUACAUGAACCUAUAAGCCUACCAACAUUCUACCCCAAACCUCACUCCUUGCAGGAAGAGUCACGACUGCACACACUAGAUGGCAGACGAGCUCUGGCCUUUUACCUCUACAGGACACGUGCCUUUAGGAAGUCUCGGUGUCUGUUCCUGUCUACAGCCGAGCGUUCCAAAGGCAAGCAGCUCUCCGCGCAACACAUCUCCAGCUUGAUUGUCAUGUGCAUCACACGAUGUUACGCUCUACGACCUCAUGCCUACUCUACCAGAGGCAUGGCUACAUCCACUGCCUUCCUUAGGGGUGUGCCAUUGCAGGAUAUAUGCCGUGCAGCAACCUGGUCGUCUGCUCUUACCUUCGCUAGACACUAUGCCCUGGCGAGCAUACUGAAGACUGAUUCAGCGGUGGCCCAGGCUGUCUUGUCCACAGCGCCGAGGCAAUAAAUCCGAAGCACACGUAUAGCAUUGGACCACUGCUGCGUACUCACCUCAAGUGGAGCACCCUCGGGGACACUACUCAACAAAUAAGAGAGAGUAACCUUGGGCAGUAACGUCUGUUCUUCGAGAUGUGU